AAGAAUAAAACAUAAUGCUUUCUCUUCUCAUUAAGACUUGAGAGAUCCUUUUUCUUCUCUGAAAAUCACUAUCCACAGAUCAGCUUCUCGUUUAUCAACGAUGGCGGCGGCGGGAUUUUUCUCCAAUGUCAAAUACUCCGACAGCUUCACACUUGUCGGAAUUUCAAUCUGCACAGCUAUAGUAUGUGAAGCAAUUUCAUAUCUCCUCAUAUACCGUACUACUUCAUACAAAUCCCUCAAAUCUACAAUCGAUAAAGCUUCAAAAAAGCUAGAAACUAUGAAGACCCAGGAACCAGUUCCUUCUGUACUCACAAAGAAGUCGAAGACAAAGAAGAUUGAUCGGGUCGAAACAUCCCUUAAGGAGUCAACCCGAGAUCUCUCCCUUUUCAAAUUCAAAUCCGGAUUCGUCGUCGCCGUUGUGUUGUUCAUGGUUUUCGGGUUUCUCAACAGUCUUUUUGAAGGGAAAGUUGUUGCUAAAUUGCCGUUUGUACCCUUUCGUCUUGUUCAGAAGAUGAGUCAUAGAGGGUUACCGGGUGAUGAUAUGACGGAUUGUUCAAUGGCGUUUUUGUACUUCCUUUGUUCGAUUAGUAUCAGGACGAAUCUUCAGAAGUUCUUAGGGUUUUCGCCUCCUCGUGGAUCUGCUGGAGCUGGGUUAUUCCCAAUGCCUGAUCCAAAAACCAAUUGAUAGAUCCAUCUGAACUGGGUAUUUGUUUUUUUUUUCUUGUUAUUGUUUAGAGUAAUAAUCUCUUUCUACGUAAAGUUUUAAACUUGAUCGAUUUUUCUACUCCUAGAUUUGGAAUUGAUAAUAGCCACUUUGAUUAAUUUGAGUUGUUACUGAAUUCUGUAGAAUUAAUUUUACUUGAUCUUUUGCUUAUA